UAACAACCUUGUGAACUGGUGUGACUUUGCACGUUUUCAAAUAUUGCACUAGUAGGAUUUACUUUUUAUCCUGAUCAAUGUGAAGGUGUAAGUUAAGCUACAAAGCUUCCUUCAUCAUCAUCUUCUUAAUCAGAAUAUUAAUGUUUCUAAAGAAGUUUUCAUUUCUAUCACUUAAUCUUUCAAAGGGAAAUCUCCGUUGAAAAUUAAUUUGUUCUAAACAACUGGUCUAUUCAUGACCUCAAUUAUUCAACCGUCAACACAAUCCUCGUCUUUUUUAUCGUUAUCAUUUGAACCACAUGUCCGAAGUAAAGUUUUACCAUUAUUGUCACCACAACAAAUACACAGAUCAAAGAAUACUCGGCAUGUUAUCAAUUGCAACCAUUUAUGCCACAAAUCUUCAGCGGAUGGGAACUUUUUGAAUAAUAUGACACAUCCACAUGUAGUUAAACAUCAUUUGUCUUGUAAACCAGAGGCUACUCCGACUAAUAUUCCAAAGACAUUACUUUUAUCUCCACCACUACCAAUACGUCGUAGACCCUGUGAUUCACUAACAUCACAUCGUUGUUCAAGAGGUUCAACUAGUCGAUCAUUAUCUUCGGAUCAUUGUGAACGCAAUCAUUCAACUUUAGAUGAUGAAUACUUCCAAACAAAAACUUCUUUUCAGUCAUUAAAUUCAACUACAAAUAAAUUAAUCAAAUCGCAAUCACCUCCAAUGAAAUUGAAAAAGUCUUCACAUUUUAUAUCAUUAACUAAAAGCAAUGAAUUUAAUUCAAAUGAUUUAUUAUGUACUAAAAAUGAUGCAAAUCAUCACCAGGUUGCUAAUCAAUUAAAUAAAGAAGAAUUUUCACGUCUUCCUGUUGGUUUUCGAUGGAAUUACAUUUUUGUAAAAUUAUCUAAUUGGUUUCAACGUGUACAUACAAUAAAUUAUUCAAGAACAUCAUCAGAUCGUGUAUCAUCUUCCAUACCGAUACAUAAUAAUAAAUCUGCCUCUAUUUCAAAUUCUUAUCGUUAUCAAAUAAGAAAAUUUGAACCGAUUAGAUCACGAAGUCAAUCAGAUGAAAAAUCUGGCAAAAUUAAAUCUAACCUACAUAAUAAUGAUCAUUUUUGUAGUGAUUCUAAAACAAAAAUACAAUUAUCAAGCGAAAUUAAUAAUUCUAAUCGAAAUAUUUUAUCAUCAAAUAUUGAAUGUAUAAACAAUUUGAAAAAGGGAAGUUUACCAUUCUUUUCAUCAUCAUUAAUAUCUAAUGAGAAAUCAGUUGAAAAUUUAAUAGGUUUUUGUCAUACUGAUCAAUCUCCUAUAGUUUCCAAUAAUAAUUCUUGCAGUAAUAAUAAUAAUAAUAAUAAUAAUAAUAAUAAUAGUAAUUCAUGUUCGUGUUCAAUUACGUCUCUCACUGAUUUAACAUACAGUAAAUUUCACGAAAUCUCUCCAAAAUAUAGUGAUAUAAAUUGUUUUUGUACUCAAAGUUGUCCAAUAAAUUCACAUCAAUUAAAUGAACUACAUCUUGAUAAUGAGAUAUCAUUUACAUCAUGUGUAUCUGAUUGUUGUUUUUGUCAAAGAUACCUCAAUUACUGUGAUCAUAAUCGGUUAGUUUCAUUUUCUUCUAAUAAUCAAUAUGAACAAGAUGAUCGAAUUGUACAAUCAUCACAUUAUCAUGAUCUAAAACAACAGUAUUACCACCAUUAUUAUUCUUGUCAACAUCAUCACCAUUAUCACCAUCAUCAUCACCGUCGACUACAACAUCAUCAUCAUCAUCAUUUAAGUCAUGAUUUCAAUCAACGUCAUAUAAAGUUCACGAAUAAUCAACACACAACAAAUACAUGUUGUACAAAUUAUCCAAAACAAAACAAAGCUGUAAGAAAUUUUCAUUUGAAUUUAGAAAACCAAUAUACUACUAUUGGUCAACUAGAUCAAAUGAGAUCUGAUUGUAGGAAAAUAUCUCCAUCGGAUAAUAAAAAAAUUGAUUGUUCAUCACCUGUUAUCACUUUACAGUGUUUAAAUUUUACAGAAAAACAAUCAAAUAGAUUGGACGAUAAUAUUGGCAAUGUAACAAGUGUAGGUAAUAAUAAUAAUAAUGAUAAUAGUAAUAAUAAUAAUAAUAAUAAUACAAUAGAUAAUGAGCAUUCAAUGAAUACAAGAAAUAUCUCAUCAUGUUUCAUAGAUUAUCAUCAACAUCAUAAUCAAACGCUUGUACAAAAUCCUGAGCAUGACGUUGUUGAGCAUAUGAAUGAAGGUGACAAAAUUGUUAAAUGUGCAAACUCAGAAAUUAUAUGUUCAAAUUUAGUUAAUGGUAAAUCUUUUGAUGAAAAAGUACAUUCGACGAAUAUUUCAAAACCUGAUAUUACUACUACCACUGCUAAUACAUUUCUUCAUCAAAAGUUUGUAACAGAUUUGAUACUUUUAAAACGCAUUGGUUGGUACUGGGGUCCAUUGACAGUGGAAGAAGCUGAAUUGCUAUUAAAAAACUGCACAGAUGGAACUUUCCUUGUACGUGACAGCAGUCAUGAUUCAUAUAUUUUAAGUGUCAGUUUUCGCUCUGGUGGUCAAAUUUAUCAUACAAGGAUUGAACAUCUGGCUGGUAAAUUUAGCCUGGCUCUGUUAAAUGAUUUAAAUGACAAUGUUUCAUCAAGUGUAGCUGAAUGUAUUGAACGUGUAAUGGUUGAUUCUUUUCAAGAUCGUAUGCAUUUUUUACCAACUCUUGAUGACUCUUCACCAUCUAUUAAUAUUAAUACCAGUGUACAGUUUAUUAAUAAUGAUCAACAUCAAUCUGACCAACAUCGGCAACUUCAACAAUUUAAUAAUAAUAAUAAUAAUAAUAAUAAUAAUAAUAAUAAUACAUCACAACCAUUCGAAUCCACACGCCGUUCUACCUCUACUACACAUAUUAAAGCUUCUUUAAUUCAUCCAUUGUCACGUUUUUUAAUUGUUCCAUCAUUAGUACAUUUAUGUCGUUUUGAAUUGCUAUUACAUGUUCGACAUGAUCAUAUUGAUUUAUUACCAUUACCACCGCAUAUAUUACGUUAUUUAAAAGAAAGUCAAUAUUAUGCAGAAUUUAUUCCAGCUUAUUUAGAAUUAUUAACCAAUAUGAAUAGUAAUAAUGAUAAAGUUUAAUCACUAUUCUAAUAAUAAUAAUAAUAAUAUAGUCAAUUUACAUGGAUUUCUUUGUUUUAUUGUAAGAAAAUUUACAGUUAGCAUUUCUAUUAUUACAUUCCAAUAUAUAACUAAGAAUUUAUUAUUAUUCAUUCAGUAUGUAUACAGUGAUGAAACGAUCAAAGAUUAUCAUGACAAUGGAUAGUCUACACAAAUUACUAUUAUUCUAUAGUUUUAUGUUGAGUAAAAACAGAAGAAAAAA